CCAGGGCUGGCGAGGUGAUGACUCGACUUGUCUUACCACAUCCGAGUCCAUCGACUUUCGAGCUGACAAUAUCAAGGCCGCGGAACGUAUGGAUGACCCAAGAUGGAUAACGCAAUCCCGAUGGACUCAUCUUGUCAGCGGAGGAAACCGACCCUUGCGUGCGAAAAAUGCCGUGUCCUCAAGGUGAAAUGUAUCCGACCCGAGGAGGGACAGCCUUGUACCAAAUGUGUCAGGUCAAACUCUCAAUGCGUAGUUCCCGAACCGAAACAGAGAGCUCGAACUUCACAACGAGCAAAGCCGCGACUGCUCGAUCUUGAGUCCAAGCUCACCGAUAUACUCGGUCUUCUUUCGCGCUCGAAUGCCCCCAUGUCCGAAGAGGAGUUAUCCGUGCAUGCAGAUUUGGGAUUGCCUGCAAUUCACGGAUAUCCUAGCGAUAGUUCACACCGAACGACUGGAUGCAUGAGCGCAGAGUACCUGGGUAAUUCUGAAUCGAUUGAAGGUUUGGAGUCGGGCAAAACGCAGAUCACAACCGAAAAUAUCCUGGAACAUCCGUGGGACUCAUCUAUUGCCAUUAGUGCCCCGUGGAUAAUUGAUUUGGGACUCGGUCCUGUCGUCCUCGAACAUCUUCUGGACAGAUUCCGCAGCAUGGUAUCUUGUUUUCCAUUCGUACGGCUUUCGAAUGACUGUACUGCUGCAUCAAUGGCUAAAGAUCGACCUUUUCUAUUGCUUGCAGCUGUUGCUGCUGCUUCCUCAAAGUACUGUCACCUGCAGGAUGCUCUGAUCAGACGAUUCAAAGAGUCCCUAAGUGAGCGGGUAAUUAUGGCCGGCGAGAAGGACCUAGACUUGCUCCAGGGGCUACUUGUCCACCUUGCCUGGUUCCAUUUCCAUUUUGUUCCAGGGAGUCAGCAAGCCUACCAGUACAUCCAAAUUGCAAUCAGCAUGGUCAUUGACCUUUGCCUUGAUCAUAAGGCUGCGGACCUGCUUGAGCAGCGAAUUGAUCUUGGCGAUACGUAUACCCUGGAAGCGUGCCGUGCACAUAUAGGUUGCUAUUACAUGUCUAGCAUAAUCACAAUGGCUUCCGGGAAGCCCAACAAUCUUCCAUUCCACAAGGAUAUGCUUAGAUGCGCGAUGAUGCUGCAACAACAACCACAGUUUGAGACUGACCUCUUGAUAUACCCGGCGAUCAAGGUUUCGCAGUUCACCGAGGAAGUCUGUGAGACUUACCAGUUGGAAGGAAUUCAUGGCUCUCGGUUGCACAUUCAUGCAGAGCGAUUGAUGACGUGGCUGGAAGAAUGGUGGUCGUCCCUAUCGAUGGAUGUUCGCAACACGGGUAGGAAUUUCUCAGGUAUUGAUAAUCAACGGCUAUUAUGCUGCCAAAAUCCGAAUCCAAGAGAUGGGCUUGGUCUAUUGCUACGGACGGAGAAGACCGCUGUCUCCGAAAACGCAGGAAGGUUCUACUCUAUUAUCCGCACAUCCGAUGGUCAUAAACAACUUGAUCAAAUGUCUCAGUUCGGCUAAAGAAUAUCUUGAUCAUUUCUGCGCCCUUCCAGCUUCGGAGCACAGGACCUUGCCAUUCUCCGCUUGGUAUCAGGUUAUUUUCACAGUAUUUGUACUGUACAGAUUGUCCGUUGGGCUGCCAGAAGUACCUCAGUGGGACGUGGAGAUUGCACAACAAACUCUGGAUCUACGAUACUACAUUGAUACACUAUUGUCUCACUUACAGGAAAUAAAGCCAUUGCCAGACAGGAAAAUUCCGACCAAGAGCCUCUUUACGAGGUUGCCCGAGAUUAUAGGAAGUGUGAGGACUUCUUAUGCAUUGGCCAAAGAGAACCCUGCAGAGGUUCGUGAUAGCCACCAUGCUCACCACGACCUUAUGUCUUCAAAUAACGCAUCUCCAUGUGUGCGACCGUUGCACCGCUGCCCUGGAAUGCGGUAUUCAAGCCGUCACGUCGAUGAUGCUCAGGGUCGACCGGGACUACAAAGCGCUAUUGCUACUGAAGUCCAGAAUAUAGAAGAGGAGACAAUUUGGGGUGAUAUUCUAUUCAUGGACACAUUUCCUAGCAUGACAGAUCCAUCAUCUGUACAGGGUUGACAAGUCAUCCAUGUUUCCAGACCUCAAACCCGCCAAACUGCGAUUCCAACACAGCACAGCGUUACCUCAGAUCUCGUCAGGGAAGACGUGAGUGGAAAUUUUGUUUCCGACCGAAUCGUAUCGCGGGGGAAAGACAUUGAAAAGCCCAUCAACAUCCCGUGGUUCAAAAUCAAGCGACAAUGCCGCUUGAAUGAGAAUGUCCAGCCCAAAAGUCUCUUUGAUCCAGUGUGCAACCAUAUCCAUCCCCGCCACAGCUCCACUCCCAGUCCAAAUGUUGCCGUCGAUAAUCCACUUCUUCUCCUUCGUCCAAUUGACAUUUGGGUACUUGUUUUUAACCCAAUUGAACUCGAGGUUAUUGACUGUAGCCCUUCUGCCAUCUAUAGCGCCAGUAGCAGCAACGACAGCGGAACCGGUACAAGUCGUAAAGAGUAACUUCCCAGAAGCAACAUGGCGACGAAUUAGAUCCUGCAAUUUCGGAGGAAGGUUGGUUUCCCUAGGACUAUCCCCACCGACG